UAAUAAUAAAACAUAAAUGACACAGGAAUACAUUUCAACAUUUACAGUAAAACAACUCCAAUAAAAAUGAAUAUCUAUACACCAUAAUAUUUUUUAUCACGACUGUGUACCACUAUGCUACCACUAAAAGUGAAAAUGAAGUAAUAACCGUUCGAGAAUGUAAUAUAAAUGGGUCCUGCUACCGAAAAGGUAGACCUUAGCACGACACAAUCCGAUAUCAUGGUAUUACAAGAGAAAGGAUUCAUACUAGAAAAAAUGGUCGGAGAAGGUUCUUAUGCUAAGGUUUACAAAUCUACGCAUAUGGUCGACGAGACACGGCACGCUGUGUUGGCCUGCAAAGUGAUAGACACAGCGCAAGCCCCACGCGACUAUCUCACUAAGUUCUUACCACGCGAGUUAGACGUUCUGAUAAGAAUCAACCACCCCCAUAUUGUGAAUGUGUCCCACAUUUUCCAACGACGAGCUAAAUACUUCAUUUUUCUACGUUUCGCAGAAAACGGCGAUUUACUAGAUUUUUUGACACAAAACGGCGCAGUGCCAGAGAACCAAUGCAGACUAUGGAUGAGGCAGAUUAUAUCGGGCAUUCAUUACAUACACACUAUGGAUAUAGCACAUAGAGAUCUCAAGUGUGAAAAUAUAUUAAUAACAUCAAAUUAUAAUGUGAAGAUUACCGAUUUUGGUUUUGCACGCAAUGUUCGUGCGCGCGGCAACGACAUUAUGAGCGAGACCUACUGCGGGUCUUUAUCUUACGCAGCUCCAGAAGUACUGAAAGGUGUGCCUUACUUACCCAAGUAUGCGGAUAUGUGGUCACUCGGCAUUAUCCUCUACACGAUGCUCAACAAAGCAUUACCUUUCAAUGAGACAUCUGUUAAAAAGCUCUAUGAGAAACAGGUGAUGCGUAAAUGGCGUUUUCGUACAAGCGUAGUGAACCAACUGUCAUCGGAAUGCAAACAACAAGUGACAGAGCUAAUGGAACCGGAUCCGAAGUCCAGGCCGUCUGCCGGGAGCUUCUUCAACGGACCCUGGAUAGCGAUGGAUGCCAGGCUCACAAAAUUGACAUUUUUAGAAGAGUCAUUGCUAAAACAAGCCCAUGAUGAGGCUCAGAGGAGAGAGAAGGAGACGGAAGAUGAGAGUGAGGUGGAGAGAAUAGCUGAGCUGCGGCGGAAAGGACGUGGGAAAGAGGGCUUGAAAAUAUUGAAAAACAAUGAAGCAUUAUUAGCCAAAUCACAACAGUUAUUUGAUAAUAAAGAAUAUUAAAAAAAUGAAAAUCAGCAAUUGUGUUCAUUCAGUAUUUAUUAAACUUUUAAAAUUCUUUAUUUUAUAUUUUUAAGAUAUUGUAAAAAUGUUUUAAUACGUAAUUGUACAAAGACUUUGUUGUUUUAAUGAUAUACAUUAGUGAAAUUAUUCACUCGCUAGUUUUUUAACUUUUAUUUAUAAAGCCUAUGGAAGACGAGGGUCUAUCGUAAAGGGCUUACAACAUGUAGGUAUAACAUUUGGCACAACGUGUUAGGAACAGGAUCGUGGACUAUACUAUAACUCAAAUCAUUUGUAAAUGUUUUAACAUAGCAAAACAAACUUCGUAACAUUGUGCGACAGAAAUAUAAAUACAACUGAAUGUUUGCUUCACAUACAUUGGACAUAUGAAAUAAACGCUAUAAUAUAUUUGUAACAGACUCUCAGGAUGUUUAAUCAGGGUAAUGCUUAUAAAGACAUCUAUAUAAUUAUUUAUAAUACAUUUCUUAAACAAACAAGAAGAAUUCCAGAAACAACUAUUGAAGCUGUCCCUAUUCUAUAUAAGUAAAUAUAUUAUAAACUGGUAUAUAAUCUCUUAUAACUAUAUGAAAAAGUAUUUCCAGGAAGUGGAAAAGAGACCAGAAUAAUAUUGUCGCCUUUCAGUCGAUUCCUAAUAAGCUACUUAAUUACUUGUAAAAGCGCUAAGUACGGCAAAAAUUGUAACAACUGUAUAUAAUACUUAUGAAUAUGCAAAGUUAGUUGAUUGUGUUCACUUUCAUAAUAAACAAUUUCAUUUUGAUAUAAAAACAUCAUGGAAUGUCUAUUGCUCGCUUGAUAAUCUGAUUUCUUUUUCAUUCUAUCAUUAUAUCAACCAGCACACACAACUCCAGAAAUAUUCACUUAACCAUUAAAUUAGAGGUAUAAUAAAUAUUUUUCUUAAAUAAAUGAUUACAUCAAUAUCUAUUAUUCUCGGUCGCCACUCGCCUAAUAUUUUUUAUGACUAUUGUACAUAAUUACUUAUGAUCUUGACAAAAGUAAUAAAGUAUAAAAUGUGAUGAAAUUA